GCGCAUUUGGUUCCGAUAAAGUGAUAAAAUGAAAUGGUCCAUAGACGGAACGUAAAGUAAAUUGAAAGAAGUAAAAAGCUUGCAAGCCAAAAAGCAGUUGAUGCUCACAAGUGAUCUAUGAACUAUGUCGGAUGUUCCGAUGCCGCCGGAUCUACUCGCCCAAAUCCUCUCAUGGUUGCCGGUAGCUCCGCUUCUGCGAUUCAGGUCUGUUUCCAAAACCUUUCGUGCCCUAAUUGAUAGCGACUAUGUGAUUAAGCUCCAACUCAAUCACUCACUCCAAACCAACACUAAUCUCAAUAUCAUUUUCGGCGGUGAUAGAACGCUUUGCUAUCUUAACUUAGAUUCAUCUGCUAAAGUUGUUAACAAAAUAGAUAACCCUUUAUACUUUGCAAUUUUCGAAACUGUAAUUUUGGGUUCUUGUAACGGCGUGGUGUGCCUGUGUACGACUGAACCGGAUAAUGAAAUUGCGUUUUGGAAUCCAAUAGUCCGGAAGUUUAAGAAAAUACGGUUAGCCCCAGCGAAAUGUUCAGAAGGUCUUGGUCGAGGAGUAUGCAUCAAGGGUUUUGGUUACGACCAUGUGCACGAUGACCACAAGGUGGUGAGAUUGGUUCAGUAUUGUAGUUUGCAUAAUGAACUUGUUCACUCGAAGAUAGAGGUUUUCAGCUCAAAAACAGAUGCAUGGAGAGAAGUUGGGGAUUUCCCUUACUACCUUUGUUACAGAAGAAACUUCAAUACAUUUACUAAGGGUGCUUUGCAUUGGUUGGUGAGUCAAAAACCUGGAAAGAGGGUUGAUUUUCUAAUUGCUGCUUUUGACCUCACAAAUGAUGAGUUGCGAUUGGUUCCCCGACCUGAACUUUCAAAUGAGCAUUUCCAUGUCAAUUUGGCUAUAUUGGGAGGAUGUCUGUCUAUGGUCUGUCAUUAUCCCAUGAAAAAUGUAGACAUAUGGGUGAUGAGAAGUUAUGGAGUCAAAGAUUCAUGGACUAAGUUGAUUUCAACCACAGAUGUGAAGCUCAUCAGGGAAUUGGAUUUCUUGAGGCCUGUUUCGUAUUCUAGGAGUGGUGAUGAAGUGCUCUUUGAAAAGAACUUUGACAGCCUUUACUGGUAUCAUCUUGAGAAUAAGACAGUGAAAAGAUUUAAGGUUGCUGGCAUGCCAAGGCUAUUUGUUACUGAAACCUUUACAGGAAGCCUUGUUCAGGUGAACAUUGGUAACCCUACUGGAAGUGGUGCAAAGAAGGAGAAAAUUGAGAAAAAAGAUGACAACAAAAGAGAUGACUUUUUAUCCAAGGGGUUCCGGCUUGUACUUUAAAGAAAGAAGGUCGAUGAAGACCUCACCUCAUGGGAAAUCAUAUGGAAAGAUGUUUGGGUUUUUCUUUAAAGAUAUAACGUGUUAUGAAAUCCUGGUGUAAGAGUCUUAACUUAGAAUAGGUGGGUAUGGAUUAGUGUUGUCUACAAAUACCUUUAAUUAGGAGCUUUUGAUGGUUGGAUCCUGUUUAAAUGACUUUGCUUGUGUGUAUCCAAGGAUCGUUUGUUGACUUAACAGCUUUCACCGAAGUAUCUGCUUCGAGUAUACAAUAAUAAUACUCAUCAACUGCCUUCUAUAUA